AUGGAAGAAAUUCACAAUACUCAUUACCAACAGAAGUUAAGACUAAGUCAACAAUCUUAUUUAGAAUCGAUCAUAGAGAAGUAUUUCUUUACUACAAAUGAUUCUGGUGAGGAAGAUAACAUUAGUCUAACUACUACUUUACCAUUAUCACUAUCAAAUGUCAAUCCUAAUUACUAUUCAAUGAUACAACAACAUUGUGUACCUCUUAUACAAAAUGAUUACUCAAACUUAGAUUCAUCAUCUAUUCAAUCAAAUAAUUACAGUUUUAUGAAUGAAGUAAAUCAUUCGGUACACCAUCAUUCCAAUGCAAAUGAUAUAUAUACUACUACUACUAAUAUUAAUAAUAACAUAACAUCUACUAACAUCGUUACUGAUACUACAACUAUUGCCACUAAUAGUCAUCAUAAUAAUAACGAUAAUCAUCAAAAUUAUCAUGCAAGUACAAGUACUCCACGUUUUAUUCAUGACUCUAAAUGGGAUGAUAGAAAUAAUCGAUACACAAUAGAUAAUUCAUCUUUUUACACUGAAACAUCAUCACCAUUAUUAUUAUCGGCAUUAACAUCGUCAUCAUCAUCAUCUAUGAUAUCACCAUGUUCAAUGAUUCGAACAACUAAUGAAAAUCAAAUUGAUCAAAUACAUACAUCAUAUUUACCUAAAAAAUUAAUCAAGUCAUUUAAUAAAAAUUUAUCACAACAAAUCAAUACAGUAAUUGAUUUAACACAGAACUAUAUUGAAGAUUCACCUAUUGUUCAAAAUAAUCCUAAUAAUAACAAUUCAAAAUAUCGUCGUAAUCCCAUCAAACGUAAACAACAUCAACGUGAACAAGAUAAAAAUCGUACAAAAACAUUGAACACUGCAUUCUGUCGUCUUCGUUCAUGUUUACCAGAAAUACCGAAAGAUACCAAAUUAACAAAGAUUAGAACUCUGCGUUAUGCAAUAACCUAUAUUCGUCAAUUGAUAGAUUUGAUUAAUCAAACUGAUCCAGUCAAUUCACAUGCUAUAAUGUUUGAUACUGGUUCGAAUUCAUUAAAAAUGGAGUCUGAACUUGAGCAGUCGUCAUUAAUGAAGGAUAGUGGAUAUCUAAGUUUCAUGGAUAGAUAA